AUGGCACUUUCUGUAUCUCUGGUUUUUGCUUUGAUCACUUGGGUUACGUUCAUCGGUCUUCAUGCUCAACAAAUCACAACUAUAGAUUGUGACACCGUCCCUGCAGAACUCACACUGACAGGCUUUUUGGAUGAAUUUACAGGUGUUAUAGAAUGGAUUACAAAUAUCCCACCCAAUGUCAAUUUGAAAUUAGGAGAGAAUCUGUUCCCUGAACACUUACCGUAUGUGGAGCUGGUGUAUGAUUCUGGAUCUAAUAAUGCAACAGUGAGGACUCGUAAGCCUCUGGAUGUUGAUACUAUUGAGAGUGUCUAUCUCUUUUAUACCAUCAUUUGCCAACGGAUUGGAACGAAUAAUGAGGUAGAGAACAACAGAAACUUAAUCUUGGAAGAUGUUAAUGACAAUUCGCCAGAAUUUCUCCAAUCUCAUUACAGUGCUUCAGUAUCAGAGGUAACUGCAGUAAAUGUCACAAUUAUAAAAGUGGAAGCUGUGGAUAAAGAUUUUUCUCCUACGUUCAGCACCAUCACUUACAGUCUUUGGGGUCCAAACUCCGAUUACUUUCAUAUAAGGGAAGGAGAUGGAAACGUCAUGCUGAAAAAAACAUUGGAUUACAACAAGGUCAACCUUUUCAAUCUAACAGUCCAAGCAAAGGAAUUAAUGGGAAACAACAGCGAUACUGCAUCACUGGUAAUUGACGUCCAAGAUUACGAUACAUUGAACCCCUAUUUCAGUCAAUCAGUGUACAAUGGAAACAUCAGUGAAAACCAGGUGGGCCCUCUGGCUAUUCACCCAGAAAAGAUACUGGCUAAAGAUGGAGACACAGGUAUAAAUGAAAAAGUACUUUACAGCAUCAAACUAGUGGAACCCCUGCCCUAUAGUAGCAACCACUUUACAAUCGAUGCAGACACAGGACUGUUGGAAGUAAGGAUUGCACUUGACAGAGAAGAGUGUCCGUAUCUCCUUGUGGGCAUUCAGGUAGUGAUGGUUUUAGAGUUCAGUGUGUUAAUACUGAAUCUUGAUUUGAUAAAAUAA